ACGUGCUUUCCUGCAUUUAGUGCAAUUAAAAGCCGCACAGCAUCAGAAGUUCUGUGGGCAGGUUGUUAACAGAAGUAUGAUAGGAUAUCAUUACUUUGAUGUGCAACUGAAAUUUCGUGAUUUUGAUACCGUUGAGCUGACCCCCAUCUAUUUUCGGGGCUGCGUUUUAAACUCGCUGGAAAGUUUCUUUGGUGAAAUUGGCGGGAAGACCAGUUUGGAUAUAAUCAAAUUUAGCGUAGAGCAGCGACGUGUUGUUUUCCGGGUGCCCGAAGAGUUCUUUAAGCGCACGCAUACAGCAAUUACAUUGAUUGGGCAUUACCAGAAAGUGCCCUGUCAUUUUCGAAUUUUAAAAACAUCUAAAACGCCCCUGGACUUUCAGAAGGAUAUUGGAGAAAACGAUAAUUGUGAAGAAGCUCAGAUAGACGAUUGUCAACUAUAAGCAUGGCAUUCUCUUAUUGUAAGGUCUUUGGAAAA